AUGUCAAAUUUGUCAAAAUUGGAGUUCGUGGCACUUGAUAUUUCUAGCAAAAAUUAUUUAUCAUGGGUACUCGAUGCUGAAAUUCACCUAGACUCUAAAGGUCUUGGUACCACCAUUACUGAAGGUAAUGCAACAUCUAGUCAGGACAAAGCGAAGGCUAUGAUUUUUCUUCGUCAUCAUUUUGAUGAAGGAUUAAAGGCUGAAUAUUUGACAGUGAAAGAUCCACUUGAAUUGUGGACUGGUUUAAAAGAAAGGUAUGACCACCUUAAGGCAACCCAACAUAAUACGCUUUUGUUGAAAAAUCAUGAAGUCCGUCUCACUAAAACUGCUCCUUUACCGGAAGCAAAUGUGGUAGAAGCACAUGGCCAGUUUGAUAGAAGACAAAAUAAAAAUCGAGGCCAUAAUAAUGUGUGUGGACGUAGCAAUGGCAGAAAACGAUAUGAUAAUCAUCGUGGUAGUGGUCAUUAUAAAAGAGAGAACAAUAUAGAUUCUCAAAGUAAUACUUUAAGAGGCAACUGUCAUCGUUGUGGCAUGAAAGAUCAUUGGAAGAAUGAAUGUCGGACUCCUGAGCAUUUUGUCAGGCUUUAUCAAAAUUCCUUUAAAAGAAAGGCAAAUAGAGGUGGUAAUCUUCUUCUAAUGCUCGGGUGGAAUCACACUUGA